UCCCGGUGCUCAGUGCGUCUCUGUACCGGGCUAACUGCACACAGCGACCCGCUCCAGCUCCAGGCCGAGCGGACCCGAGCCGAGCCGAGCCGAGCCGAGCCGAGCGGCUUCUCCUCCGGCUGCAGGAUGAACGAUGCGGCGGGUCUCCGGUUCCGGCGGCAGCACCGACCGCAGGUCAUUACCGACGAGCUACCGGAGCACCGACACAAGGGCACCGGCACCUACAGUGGGAAGGUGUUCCAGGUAACUCUGCUCUCAUUGGGCGGCUUCCUGCUGCUUCCUCUCCUCGUCAUCAUCCUCAUCCUCGAGUCUCCCAUCAGCCCCGAAGUCCUCAGUCUGAAGGAACCCCCGGUAAUGACGGGCUGCUGGGAGCCGAACUUGAAGCUCCGUGAGGCUCAGAGACUGUUUGAGGAUCAGCUCAUCGGACCGGAGUCCAUCGCAAACAUCGGAGAUGUUUUCUUCACGGGAACAGCUGACGGGAAGAUCGUGAAGCUGAUUGGUCGAAGGAUCCACGCGGUGACGAGUCUCGGAAAACCGCCGUGUGGAUCCAGAGAGGAGGAGAGCAGCUGUGGACGACCGUUGGGAAUCCGCGUCGGACCGAACGGGACUCUGUUUGUAGCCGACGCUUAUCUGGGAAUAUACGAAGUUAACCCGACUACAGGCGAGUCGACCCGGCUGGUAGCAGGCGGUCAGCUGGUGGCCGGCAGGAAGUUGUCGUUCAUUAACGACGUGGCGGUGACGCAGGACGGGAAGAAGCUGUACUUCACUGACUCCUCCAGCAGGUGGCAGCGCAGAGAUUACAUGCACCUCAUCAUGGAGGCCACGGCCGACGGACGUGUGUUGGAGUUGGACAUGGAAAGCAGAGAACUGACCGUCGUCAUGGAGAACCUCAGAUUCCCAAACGGGAUCCAGCUGCUUCCUGAUGAGGAGUCGGUGCUGGUGGCUGAGACCACCAUGGCCCGCAUCCGCAGGGUCCAUGUAGCCGGUCUGAAUAAAGGAGGAAUGGACACCUUCAUCGAUAAUCUUCCCGGUUUUCCCGACAACAUCCGUCCGAGUUCCAGCGGCGGUUACUGGGUCGCCAUGUCAGCUGUUAGACCGAACCCCGGCUUCUCCAUGCUGGACUUCCUGUCCCAGAGACCCUGGAUCAAGAAGCUCAUCUUCAAGCUCUUCAGUCAGGACGUGCUGAUGAAGUUCGUCCCUCGCUACAGUUUGGUGGCCGAGCUUCACGACGGCGGCGUUUGCACGCGUAGCUUCCACGACCCGAACGGGCUGGUGGCGGCUUACAUUAGCGAAGUCCACGAGUACGACGGAAGCCUCUACAUCGGAUCCUUCCGAUCGCCGUACGUCGCCAAGCUCGACCUGCGAGACGUCUGAGAGGCCGGCCAAUCGGACGAGAGGGGGCGGGACGUCAGGAGUGAUGAUGCGACGUCGGUCUGAUGGCGACGCUGCAGGAAGUGACAUCAGAGCCGUCGCAGGAAGGAUUGAGGCGCCGUAACGUUUGAUGAACAGGAAAUGAAAAAAUUACGACUAAUCAGCACUUCACUUAAUUUCUGUUUAGUCUGACAUCGUGUUGUAGCAGCGAUAACGUAAUAAACCCGAAAACGUAAUAAAGCCGAUAACGUAAUAAAGCUGUUAACGUAAUAAAGCCGUUAACGUAAUAAAGCCGAAAACGUAAUAAAGCCGUUAACGUAAUAAAGCCGAAAACUUAAAUAAUAAUUUGCAAGUAAAAAAAAUCCCGAUGUAAUAACUGGAGCCAAUAACGGUCGAUAACGUAAAAAUGUUGACAAUUUUUUUAUUUAAUAAGGCCGAUAAAUCCGAAGGUAAUAACUGGAGCCAAUAACGUAAUAAUUUUCCCCACUUUAAUGUAAGAAAGAAGAUAACGUAAUAAUGGUCGAUAACGUAAUUACGUUACGCUAUUGGCAAAAAGUUAUUACGUUAUCAGCUUUAUUACGUUAUUGUCGUUAUUAAAUUAUUAGCAUUAUACAUUUAAAACAGGCAAAAUUAUUACGUUGUUGGUUCGGAAAUGUUAUUACGUUAUCGGCUUUACUACAUUUAAAAUCACCAAAAUUAUUACUUUAUCGGUCAUUAUUACGUUAAAGAAUAGGCAAAAUCAUUACGUCAACGGCCGUUAUUACGUUAUCCGCAGCUACACGUGUUCAUGUUCGCAUGUUUGUUUUUCGUAGUUUGUUUUGGGGGGGGGGGGGGGGGGGGGGGGGGGGGGGGGGGGGGGGGUAACUGAGGAACAUAAACAUCGCUAGCUUUUUGGACGGUAAAGAAACGUCUCAUGUUGAAUCUCAGGUAUCGACACGCGACAAAGAUACGAAGCCGCUGAGUCACAAAACAUUUAAUCGUCCUUUAAUUCCGUGUUUGUUAGUUACGCUGAGUCUGAUUUAUCGCAGCGUGUUACGGUCGAUGCUAACACGUUUACAGGCUCAGUUUUUAAUCUGCACUUUUUCCCAUCUUGAUUUCGUUAGCGAUGUUUCGACCAAUCGCAGCUCUUCCUCGGAUGAUGAGGAGCUGCGAAGCGUUGCUAACGUAAUAGUGAAGCUUUGAUUCAGUGUGAAAAGAUUACGUUUGAUUUUAUUAACGAGCAGCGAACUAACGAGGAAGUUCUGCCUUCAUUAAACUUAACUGUGAAUCUAAUGAUAACGUCAACCUGCGUGCUAACAUGCUACAUGCUAACAGCUAACUAUCGUUGCCGCAGCAACGUGCAGAUGAUGUCAUCACUUUAAGAAAAUGCUGCGUGUUAAAAUUAAACUUGGACAAUUGAUCCUGAUUGGCUGAGUUAUCGACGUCUGUUCUGUUCCCGUCAUGUUUGUGAUGUUUGUUUAUUAAUAAUAAUAAUUAUAAUUAUAAUAAUAAUUUAAAAAACAGGUUUACAAAUUUGAGCAAAGCGAUCAAAGUUUAAAUAUAAUAUAAUUUAAUGUCCAGUUUUCUCAUUGAGUCUAAAAAUGUGUUAUUAAUUUUAUAUUAAUGUUCGGAGUCAUUUUCAGGUAUUUAAGGGUAAAAGUUUACGACUUCUUUUUGGGAAAUUAACAAUAAUUAAUCAUUUUAAUCAGCUGUUUCUUCUAAUUUACACAAACUUCAUCCUGUCUGUAAAAUACCUGAAAAUGACUCUGAAAAUUAAUUAGUUAUUCAUUUUAUAUUCAUGUUUGUAUUAAUAUUCAGGACUUUUUUUUUUGCUAAUGAAUAAUUCCACAUGAAUGAGAUUAAAAUAAAAAAAUUUCUGCUCGUUCUUCUAAUUUGCAAACUGCAGCGUUUUGUCUGUAAAAUGUUUAAAAAUGAAACUAAAAUGAAUCUGAAAGUUUGGAGACUUGAGAUCAAAGCAGCUGCAACUUUAAGCUUUUCUGCACUUUAUUAUUAAAACUGAUUAUUCAUCAGUUUGUGUUUAAAGCAGAAAUGUUUGUUUUUAAUGUGAUUCUUCUUCUUUUUCUUCUUCUUCUUCUUCUUCUUCACACUUUUGAUCGUGUUUGUUAAAGUUCUUCACGUUGAGACGAAGGUGCCAAAUUUAUUUUAGUCUCUUUUGUUUUUUGCACUUUUUUUUUACCCGAAUCAGAAGAAACCGAGCUGUGAUGUAAACUUUAUUUCUGACCAGUUUUGAUGUAUUUUCUUCUUCUUCUCUGAAUUUUUCGUCCUUCAGCUUUUCAGCUUCCUUAAAUAAAACCUACAGUUUGAAUAAAGUUGAUAUCUGACUGUU